ACAUGUUUUUGCAAACACGAGCAGGGUUAGAAGUACUGUAAAAUUAUCCUCAUAUUUGUCCCACCCUCUUCAUUAUUUAAACAAAUACAAGUCGCUGUCAUUGACGUUAAGUGCUAAAUCAAGAGGAAGCGACUGAAAGAACAGAGACUUGAAAAUACAUCGGGGAAAAAUCUUAGACAUAUAAUUACCAAUAAUGUGGCCUUGGGUGAUGGGUGUACUGAGACGUUACAUCCCAAUGGUAACCCUUCCCUUCGCCGGUGUUGUUGGAGUCGCUGGAUAUUAUGUGGAGGGUUGGUUGUCAGACCGUUACACACCGGCAACAGCCCCAGUCAAAGAUCAGCGUGAAGAUAGAUUACUGGAGAACAUUGAUACUGGAGUAGCUAAAAAGAAACAUAAUCCCCUGGAAGUUAAUCUAUCCCCAUCUUUGGCCUCUUAAGAAUUUCAUUCGAAUUAAAUUAGUUCAUUUAGUUAGUUCAAAUAUAUAUAAAUAAUAUGUAUACGAUUAUAUAUAUUUUUUCAAUGGA